AUGUCUUCACCCAAGUUUGAUCGCCCUCCUCCAGAGAUAACCAUUGCCAAAUUAUCCUUCCCGGCACCUCGCGUGCUUCUCGUUACGAUUUCACGUCCCAAGGCUCUUAAUGCCAUUGAUAUUGCAGGUAGCUGGGAACUCGCUUCGCUCUUUGACUGGUUCGAUCAGGAGCCCCCGUUAUGGGUCGCUAUCGUGACUGGAGAAGGGCGCACCUUCUCAGCAGGUGCUGAUCUAAAAGCGUGGAACGCCGAGAUUGGAUCUGGUGGGUUUAGAGAAAUGCCGCCUUCAGGAUUUGGUGGCCUCUCGCGUCGCACAGGCAAAAAGCCCGUCAUCGCCGCAGUCAACGGCAUUGCAUAUGGGGGAGGCUUCGAGAUGACAGUCAACUGUGACCUCGUCAUUGCGAGUGCUACUGCAAAGUUUUGCUUCCCAGAAGUGAAGCGUGGUGUAGCUCCGUUUGCGGGUGCCAUGCCGCGUUUGGUCCGUACGAUAGGAAAGCAACGCGCCAUGGAACUGAUGUUAACAGGACGCGUGCUUCCAGCUCAAGAGGCCAAGGAGUGGGCCCUCGUGAAUGUAGUUUGUCCAGAAGGCCGGGAUGUCGUUGAUGAAGCUCUCGAGUGGGCUAAAGUGAUUGCUGAGAAUAGCCCCGACUCUGUCAUUGUGACCCGUCAGGGAAUUAAUUGGGGUUGGGAGGGCGUAGGCGCUGAUGAAGGGACUCGUAUCAGUAACAGUUUAUGGCAUCAUAAGCUGAUGGCUGGAGAUAACAUCAAAGAGGGUUUGAAGGCCUUUGUUGAGAAGAGAAAUCCUAAAUGGACUGAUAGCAAGCUCUGA